UAAGUGAUAUUGUUAGUGUGUGUGAUAAAUAAAGUGUCUUGAUUUUAUAUUUCUUAGGGUCUUGAGGUGGCAGUGGAAGUCUUACUUCCUAAUGCUGAAAGAGGAAUGUGUGCAAGACAUAUUUGGGCAAACUGGCAAAAAAGAUGGAGAGGUGAGGAAAGGAGAAAAGCAUUUUGGAGGUGCUCCAAAGCUAGUUUUGAGGUUAAAUUAAGAGAUGAAUUUGAAUAUAUGGGGAAAUUGAGUCAUAAAAUAUGUGAGGCAUUGCUUGGAUAUAACAAAGAAUAUUGGCGUAGAGCUUUAUUUAGUGAAAGAUCAAAGUGUGAUGUGGUGGAAAAUAAUAUAUGUGAAACAUUUAACUCAUGGAUUGUUGGUCCUAGACACAAAUCUGUGAUUAGUAUGCUUAAAGAUAUUAGGCAUAAAAUGAUGGAUAGGCAUGGAUAUAUGAUUAAGUUUGCAGAUACUUGGAUCAGUGACAUUUCACCUAUGGCAAGACUGAUUUUAGAAGAAAACAAAGAGAUUGGCAUGGCACUAAGGGUGAAUUGGAACCAUGACAUUGGAUUUGAAAUCCAAGAAGGAGAGUAUAGACACAUAAUUGACAUGACUCGAAAGACAUGUAGUUGUAGGUUGUGGCAGUUGAGGGGCAUACCUUGUCAACAUGCAGUUUGUGCCUUAUAUCAUAUUGAGCAAGAACCAGAAGAUUAUGUGAAACAUUGGUACAAAAAAGAUACAUCCCUAAGUGCAUAUAAGUACUUUUUACAACCCAUCUCCAAUAUGGUAAUGUGGCCUGACACCAAUAACCCACCUGUUGAGCCUUCUGAAGUGAAGCCAAUGUCUGGAAGACCAGGUAGAUGUAGAAGAAAAGAUAAAAAUAAACCAAGAAAAAAGAAAUGGGGGAAAGCAUCAAAGAAUGGAGUGAAGAUAUCAUGUUCCAAAAGUCAUCAAGUUGGGCAUAACAAAAGAACUUGUAAAUCAGUGCCUCUGAACAGCCCACACAACAGCCUGCAAGGCCCUUUCAACAACUACCAGUGAGACAGCCUUCACAACCACCAGUGAGGCAACCUUCACAGCCACUAGUGAGGCAGCCUAGCACUGGAAAUGCCUCUUCUUUAUGUGCAGUUACUUCAAAGGUUAAAGGAAGGAAAAAGAAGCAGUCAACUGCAAGGGCAACAUCUUCUUCAACUGCAUGGACAUCAUCUUCUUCAAUUGGAUUGCCACCACCUUUAGUUGGAAGGCUUUAGUUGGAAUGCAACCAGCUGCUUCAGUUGGAAGAAAAAGAACAAGAGAUGUGGAAUUUGGUGUUUACACAGACAUAUAGUUUGGAAGACAAGUGAUUAACCCAGGAAGAUCAAGUGAAAGAGUUAUCUCAAGUGGAAUAGGGGUAACAUUUAAAGAUGCAUCACAAACAAGUGUUGAUCUUGGAUUCAAGCCACCUAGUUUAAAAUGGAAAGGAAAAGAUGCAAUGACUGGAAACAACUUUAACAAUUGUCAAAGAAAAAGGUGCAAAGCAAAUCCAAGGGGAAGUGGGUUCCAAAAGAGCUCAAAGUCUUACUGAUGUGUAUAAAUGUUGAUCUAGGAGGUCUUUGUUUUUGUUUAUUUUGAUAACUGUUUGUAAAGGCAUACUCCAAUUACUGAUCAUUUUGAUGUAUUUUGGGUUAUUUUGAUGUAUGUUUGCAUAGACAAAUAUUUGGAGUUUGUUAAGUUGUGUUUAAUGGAUAUUAAGUUGUGUUUUGUGAAGCCUUUUGGUGUUUGUUAUG